GCUGGGCUGUCCCCACCCAGAGCUCCUGUGGGGCAGGAUGAUGGGGGGGCUCUGCUCCCAGCUGGCCGCGCUGCUCCUGCUGCUGCUGCUGCCGUCUCCAGCGCAUGGUGCUGAGGAGAGUCAAGAUCAGCCAGUGUUCAGCCGUAUCAUAGGGGGGCAGGAUGCACAGGAGGGUCGAUGGCCCUGGCAGGUCAGUGUGCAGAAAUAUGACAAAAAGCACGAAUACGACCACAUCUGUGGAGGAUCCCUCAUCUCAGCCCAGUGGGUGGUGUCAGCUGCUCACUGCUUCGAUUUCUCUACCCCGGUCUCUGCCUAUCGCAUGAACCUGGGGGAGCACCAGCUCUCCAACCCCUCCCCCACCCGGAUCUCGUCCCCCGUGCGUCGCAUCGUCAGGCACCCCGACUACAACGAGAACACGGGCGUCGCCGACGUCGCCCUGGUGCAGCUGACAGAACCUGUCGCCUUCACGGACACCAUCCGCCCCGUCUCCCUGCCGGGCCCCUCCACCCAGUCCCCAGCCGGGGAACAGUGCUGGGUCACGGGCUGGGGCCCCAUUGGAUGGGGGUGUGGAGAUACGCUUCCGCCGCCCCGGACGCUUCAGGAGUUGCGGGUUCCUCUCGUCGACUCGUCAACCUGCAGAGAGCGCUUUGGGGAGCAGAGCCACUGGAUCCAAGAUGACAUGCUGUGUGCUGGGGCCAGGGGUGACCCUAAUGGCCCCUGCAAGCUGAGAUACUUUGGUGACUCCGGGGGGCCUCUGGUCUGUCCAAGGAAUGGCAACUUCAUCCUGGCUGGGCUCGUCAGCUGGGGGAUUAAGUGCACACAGUCCACACCUGUCCCACCAGGGGUGUACGUCCGGGUCCCAGUCUAUGUCAACUGGAUCCAGAAUGUCACGGGUGGCGCUGGCCUCUCGAUCGUCUCUCCUGCCGUACUCAGUGCCGGUACCAUGCCACCGGGGCCCCUCAGCAAUGGCUUAGUUUGCUCAUGCCUAGUGAUGGCUCUGCUCCUUGCUGGGCUCCUGCUGACAGCCCUGUGA